AUGAAAGGAAGAAAUGGCAGAGUUAUCACCAAAUCUAGCAUUCCAACACGGGGUCAAUUCCAUAUUUUCAAGCAAAUUCCAGGAAGAACAAAGACUACCCAGAUGAAAACUAAGACUGAACUACCAUCUCCGACUCCAAACAAGCAAGUCAGCACUAAAAAGUCAAAGUUUAUAUUGACCAAGCGCAAAUCUAGAGAUGAAGCCCAAAGGCCCAAUCAAUCAUGGCCAACCAUCGGCCCAGCUAAAAAGUCAAAGUUUAUAUGGACCAAGCCCAAUUCAGAGAUGAAGCCCAAAGGCCCAAUCAAUCAGGGCCAACCAUCGGCCCAAGCUAAAAAGUCAAAGUUUUUGUUGACCAGGCCGAAAUCCAUAGAUGAAGCCCAAAGGCCCAAUCAACCAGGGCCUACCAUCGGUCCAGGAAGAUGCAGCUUUUAUAGUUUUCGUUAUGCGAGGGCCUAG